AUGUUCUUUCCCCUCAUUGCUGCCAUUGUGGCAGCUUGUGGUCUUUACUAUGUAUACCUUACCACACUUGACUAUUUGGCGCUGAAAAAGAUUCGUGUACGCGAAAGGACUCGACUUCCCCCGAAAGUCGAACAGUCUCCAGUGAAGUUUGGCAUCGACUUCUACGGCAGAGUCUCAAAGGCAGUUGAAGAGAAUCGCUACUUGGAAUUAGAGAUGGAAUUGCUCGAAAAGCAUGGCGAUACCGUUUCGGUUUCUAUGUUUGGGAAACCUAUGAUCUUGACUCGCGAACCAGAAAACAUCAAAGCAAUGCUUGCCACCCAGUUCGAGGAUUUCAGCCUCGGCGCCUCGAGGUACAACAGCUUCGUGCCCAUGCUUGGUGACGGUAUAUUUACCCACAUGUAUGGAGGGGGAAAAUCGGGUCAACCAUGGCGCCAUUCCCGCAGUGUUCUGCGCCCACAGUUCGCAAGGCAGCAAAUCCAGGAUCUUGUAGUUCUGGAGUCAUUUGUACAGAACAUGUUUAACUUGAUCCCAGAAAAGAAGACCGUCGACCUUCAGGAACUCUUUUUCAAGCUGUCAAUGGAUACAGCAACCGAUUUUUUAUUUGGUGAAAGUGUCAAUAGCUUAUUACCAGAUUGUCUUGCACAAGAGUCCCAGUUUUACAAUGACUUUACUCGAGGAUCAGAGAUUUUACUUCAUCGAAUUACCCUCCAAGACUUUUACUGGCUCCAGAAAGACAGUACUGAAUUCAAGAAGAUAUGCAAAAAUAUGCAUGCAUACUUGGAUAAAUUUACAACAAAAGCUAUAGAGCGACAAGCUUCUGGCAAACCAACCAGCCACGAUCUAGGUGGAAAGUAUGUUUUUCUAGAAGAGGCUGCAAAAGAAUUCCAAGAUCCAGUCCGACUUCGAUCAGAGCUUUUCAAUAUCCUGCUUGCUGGUAGAGACACAACUGCGGGCCUUUUAUCUAUCUGCUGCCACCAGCUCGCAAGACACAAAGACGAAUGGUUCCGCCUUCGAAAAGAAGUAAUCGAAACCUUGGGAAACCGAAAGCCAACAUAUGAGGAUAUUAAAUCCAUGAAGUAUCUUCGCUAUGUUCUUAAUGAAAUUGUACCAUCCAAUAGUCGUGAAGCAGUCAAGCCUACAACACUACCUCGUGGUGGCGGUCCAAAUGGGGAGCACAAAAUUCUGAUUCCCAAAGAUACAACUGUAUUGUACUCAGUUUGGAGUCUUCAUCGUUCUGCAAAAAUUUACGGUCCAGACGCAACUACCUUCCGUCCCAGCCGAUGGGAAACUCUCCGUGUGGGAUGGAACCACCUACCAUUUAACGGUGGCCCUAGAAUCUGCUUAGGUCAACAAUACGCAUUGACUGAGGCAUCCUACGUGUUAAUCCGUCUUUUGCAGACAUUUGAAGAUAUUGAGAACCGAGAUCCAAAUCUCCACUUUAUCGAGGACUUGAGGCUGACCCUGGCAUGCCAUGGAGGGGCAAAUGUGUCGCUGACAAGGGCUAACUCCAAGCGCUAG